AAAAUAAUCCCAAAUGGAUGGAAUUUCCUCCCGUUUUUACAGCCCCAGUUCCAGCGCAGACUCCGAUUUGGGAUGGAAUUCCCGGUGGGUUUGGAUGUGGGGCCAGGCUGGGCUGGCCCUCACCUCUCCGCGCCCGGAAUCCCGGGAUGCGGUGCAGCAGGGAAGGGGAUCCAACGGGAAGGAUCCGGGGGCCCUGCAGCGCUGGGAAUGCGCGCGGGGAAGGCGGGAAUGCGCGGCAGGAAUGCGGGAUGAGGGAUGCGUUGCCAAGGCAACCAUUCCUCUUCCAUCUCCUGCCUCCCCCCGGAGCCGCGGGGGAUGCGAGGGCGGGGUCCGGAUCUUCCCGGUCAUCUGAUCCAGGUCAAGCAGGACUUUCCGUUGGAGACGGAUCCCACCGGAGCAUCUUCCCACAGCGGCUGCUUCCCCCCGCCAGGAAGGCGUGAGGCUCCUUCCGUCCCUGGAAUACCGAGAGGUCGACCCCAUUGCCGGUGCUCUCCCGCCCAUGGAUGCCCUCCCGCCAUGAGCACGGACGCCGAGCAGAGAAUUCCCCUCUGGAGCAUCUCCAGCUGGGCCAGCUCUGAGACGCCCCCCAACAGCAGCGCGGCGGCGGCGGCGGGAGAGGCUCCGGAGCGCGGCGGGAACGCGGCGGGAAUGGCGGGAACGGCGGGAAUGGCGGGAAUGGUGGUGCUGCAGUGCGUCUACGGCCUGGUGUGCCUGCUGGGGCUGCUGGGCAACGCGCUGGUCAUCUUCGUCAUCCUGCGCUACGCCAAGAUGAAGACGGCCACCAACAUCUACCUGCUCAACCUGGCCAUCGCCGACGAGCUCUUCAUGCUCAGCGUGCCCUUCGUGGCCACGGCGGCGGCGCUGCGGCGCUGGCCCUUCGGCCGCGCGCUCUGCCGGACCGUGCUGGGCGUGGACGGCCUCAACAUGUUCAGCAGCGUCUUCUGCCUCACGGUGCUCAGCCUGGACCGCUACAUCGCCGUGGUGCACCCGCUGCGCGCCGCCUCCUACCGCCGCCCACGCGUGGCCAAGCUGGUCAACGGCGGCGUGUGGCUGCUGGCGCUGCUGGUGGCCUCGCCCAUCCCGGUGUUCGCCGGCACGGCGGUGACCGGCGACGGGCGGGCGGUGGCCUGCGACCUGCUGUGGCCCAGCCCGGCGUGGGCGGCCGCCUUCGUGGUGUACAGCAGCGCGCUGGGCUUCGUGCUGCCCGUGGUGGCCAUGGCGCUGUGCUACCUGCUGCUGGCGGGCAAGAUGCGGGUGGUGGCGCAGGGCGUGGGGUGGCGGCAGCGGCGGCGCUCCGAGGGGAAGCUGACGCGCCUGGUGGUCACCGUGGUGGCCGCCUUCGUGGUCUGCUGGCUGCCCUUCUACGUGGUGCAGCUGCUGGAGCUGCUGCUGCCCGGCCGGCUGGACGCCAGCGCGCACAACGCCUCGCUGCUGCUCAGCUACUCCAACAGCUGCGCCAACCCCAUCCUCUACGGAUUGCUCUCCGAGAAUUUCCGGAAUUCCUUCCACGGCGUGCUGCGCCGCUGCCGGGAUUCCGGCCUGUGCUGCUGCCGCGCCGGCGACGGGGACGGAGGGGACAGCGAGGACGAGGAGGAGCCCCUGGAUUACUGCGCCGCGCCCCGCGGCGACAACAAGGGCUGCGUGUGUCCCCCCCUGCCCUGCCAGCAGCACCCCCUGCGCCCCCAGCCCUGCUGCGCGCCCGGAGCCCUCCUGCCCAAAACCACUCCCUUCUAGGGCACCCCGGAAUCUGGGAGGAAAGAGGGCCCGGAACGCUGCGCCGCUCUCCGAAAUAAAAAGCCAUAAGACUGGCCUGGGAUGGAGCGAA